AUGGCUGUAUGUAUAUUGUUUUGUGUCGUGGCAUAUUUUCUUUUUACAGUCCUCUUUAUCGUUGUUCCAGGUGUAUUUGGAUUUUCUUUAGGACUAAGGAACUUAUAUGUGAAGAUUUUAUUGAAAGUGUUCGAGUUUGGAAGAAAGAAAAUUGAUUCUCGUCAGACAUUACAUGUUGGUAACAAUGAGGUAAUCAAGAGAGAAGGGGAGAUUUUUGAACCACCUAAGUCACCUAUUAAGAGGAAUGUCUCUUUUGGGACAUUUCAACGUAAUUUCAAAAUGGAGGAUCCAUUAGACUUCUUCAAAAGUGGUUGUGAGGCUAUUAUUGACGAUGAAGUAACAAAACGAUUUUCUGCAGCAGAAUUAGAAUCAUGGAACUUGUUGACAAGAACAAACAAGAAUUAUCAUUAUGUUAGUACAAAGCUGUCCAUUAUUUGGGUUCUUGGAUUCCUGUUUAGAUACUGYAUUCUAUUACCUUUAAGACUUACCUUAGUAAUAUAUGGUCUUGGUCUGCUCACACUUUCUACAGCAGUUUUAGCCCAGUUACCAGAGUCUAAUUUCAGAAAGAGGGUCGAUAGAAUAUGUAUGCUAGCAUCAUUUAGAAUUCUUGCAAGAGCUCUGUCUGCUGUAAUUACAUCUCAUAAUAAACACAACAUGGCCAAAGGUGGUGGAAUAUGUGUUGCAAACCACACAUCGCCUAUCGAUGUACUCAUCUUGGCUUGUGAAAACUCUUAUUCCAUGAUUGGACAGCGMCAGCCUGGUCUGUUUGGCUUCAUACAGAAGAUUCUAGCCAAGUCACAAGAUCAUAUUUGGUUUGAGAGAUUUGAAAUGAAAGAUAGAAUGAUUGUGACUAAAAGGUUAAGAGAACAUGUAGAAGACCCCAGUAAGAAUCCAAUGCUAAUCUUCCCUGAAGGUACAUGCAUWAAUAAUACAUCAGUGAUGAUGUUCAAGAAGGGAAGCUUUGAAAUUGGUGGGGUCAUUUAUCCUGUGGCCAUCAAGUAUGAUUCAACAUUUGGGGAUGCGUUCUGGAAUUCAAGUGCUGAGGGAUUUGGCCAGUAUUUGUUGAUGUUGUUUACAAGUUGGGCCAUAGUCUGUGAUGUUUGGUACUUGGAACCGAUGUAUAAAAAGGAAAAUGAAACRUCUGUACAGUUUGCUAAUCGUGUUAAGGGGGAAAUAGCACAGCAGGGGGGACUUGUGGACUUAAUAUGGGAUGGACAACUUAAACGAAUGAGUGUCAAACCUGAAUAUCGGAUAAAGAGACAAGAAGAUUAUGCCAGUACACUAAAGAUUGAUUGAGCAACAUUGGUUUAACAUUGAAAAUAUUGUGGACAGAGAGUCACUAAUAUGAGCCAUUAAUGGCAUAAACCAGCUUAAACGAGCUUUACCAGUUAAAACCAGUUUCACCAGCUUAAACCAGUUUUACUAGAGUAAACCAGUUUAUUAGUUCAACUAGUUUGAGAUAGUAAUGUUGAGUUCAUCAAGUCUUUCUUGCAACUGUCUGAAUUGCAUGUGAAAAUGGACCAUUUCAUGUCAUUGGUGCUAAAGUAUUGUACAGUAAUUCUUCAGGCUUAGACUAAAAUGCAACAGGGUGAAGGCAGGGUAGGGAGAUUUUGAGGCCAAUUAGGGAAAGGAUUAUCAGGUAGAAUAUAAGUGCCCUUACCAUUGCUAUAUCAUCUUCACCAGUYAUCAGAACAUCAUUGAUGCAUUUGACAAUUGUGAUCCAACGUUCAAAGAUGUAAAUAGAUAUAAAUAGCAAAAGGAAUCUAAAUUGAAAGCUUAUAUGCUAAUAACUUGAGAGAAAACUCUAACCUCUUAGAUUUUAUACGUUUGUCUACUUAUUUCAUAUAAUAAUAAUUUAUUGAAUGCAUGAUCCCAAAAUUAUGUUUUGAAAUGUCUUUCUUUUUUGAAAAUAUACGAGAAUAUAGGACUUGRUGUGUCAUAGAACUAUAGUUUAUUGUAGUGUUCAACUACAAAAUCCUCUGCUUGUUUGCAGCUAAUUUGGUAUCUAAGGYAUUUUUGGAUCAAAAUAAAUAGAAUUUCAA